AUGCUUGGGUCUCGUACGAAAAAGGUCACCUCCUAUGGAAAGCGUAGGCAGCGCGUCGUCAAUAUAACAUCUGAGGAAAGAAGGCGUGGAGGGUACGACUUAGAUCCGACACCACCCAAGCUGGAGUCAGUUGUUCCCAGCACCAGGAAUAGGGAGAAUGUGGUACCAUUGGUUGUCAAGGGAAGAAAGGUAUCGUCACCAAAGGUUGUUAUACCGCGACUGAAGAAGCGCUCACCCAAAACACCUCCAAAACGGAUAAACUUGAUACUCAAAGACAUCGUAGGUGAUACUCCUGCCCGGACACCAUUGGCUAUAUUUCAUCCAAAUGGACCUGGAUCCCCAGCUAUCCUGCCCAAGAACUGGAAGAAGCCAUUGUCUCCAACUGGUCCAUCGGGGCUACGCAAACCGUUCACUCCAUUCGUCGAAAUGGAUAUUACGGUUGUGGACGAUCAAGGCCAGACGCUGAAGAAAGAAAGGAGAGUCUCGCGGACAGAUACCAAACCAAUGGAUGAAUCUGGUAGUGAUUCUGAUGUUGUCGCGGUGCGAAAGCCCCGUCAGCUAAAGAAUCGCGUUAUUGUCGUUUCGGAUGAUUCUGGUUCUCAAUCAGGAUCCGAUAGUGAUUAUUCCUUCUCCUCUUCCUAUAGUCCCGCUCGAAAACCAAAGCCCCUACCUCCCAGCCGACCCACAGUCAGAAAUGCCCAGAAAGCCGUGGUCCAUGACCGACGUGAUGCCACUCGUGGAGUAGGACGCCAACUUUCCAGAGUAUCUUCUCGUCCGGAGGCGGAUGCUACCAUAGUCGGCACGUCUAAGUCAUCGAGUAACGUACCAAGCACUCGAGUCUACAUCGAUCUCACAGAAGACAUUCCUCCAGCGAUAUUAGCGCCCGCCCGAUAUCAGCCUGGUGUCCUUCCCGUCCAUAAACCCCGUCAACUGACACCCGUUCGACCGAGCAAAAACAGAAUUUUUGCUCCUCCCUCUCCUCUGUCGCCAACGACAACCUCUGAACUUGAUUUUGAUUUCAACAACUUGUCCCUAGGUGAGCAUGACCUUGGUGCCGUCGAUGCCCCUGCGCCUGGUGUGCCUGACUACCUCCGUCCUCUUUUGAGGGAAUGUAAUCAAGAGGAAUGCGGACUACAUGAAUUUUCUGCGUUCAUAUCUACGUUUCCAUUUGAUCCCAUUUUGUCCUCUCCUAACGAGCUUUCUUCUAAACUCCAUUUUCGCAAAGUGGGAGAAGCGAGUUACUCGGAAGUGUUUGGAAUUGGCAACGUCGUGCUUAAGGUUAUACCUAUAAGAGACGAGUCAGCUUCCGCAGACCGAGGUGGAGCUAUGGGGCCCAUCUUGCCUCCUGUGGAUGUCGAUCAGCCUGCGCCUACAGACGUCCGAGAUGUUCUUAAGGAGAUUAUCGUCACACGUGCAAUGGGCGAGGUUUACGACGGCUUCGUGAAGCUGAUGAAAGCGUACGUUGUUAAGGGACGGUAUCCGGAAAAGCUUCUGCGCCUGUGGGACGAGUACAACCAGCAAAAGGGCUCGGAAAGUAUACGUCCAGAUACGUUCACAUUGUCCCAGGUUUAUGCUAUUGUAGUGCUGCCGAAUGGCGGACCAGAUCUUGAGUCCUACACUUUCAGAAAUGCGACAAAGAUAGGUUGGCGACAGGCUUGCAGUAUAUUCUGGCAAGUUGCGAAAUCCUUGGCGCACGCAGAACAGCUGGUGUCUUUUGAGCAUCGAGAUCUUCAUUGGGGUCAAAUUCUUGUGAAGGAUCUUCCAAUGCCAACCGCAUUACCUCUUCAAGCGCAAUCUCAGAACCGGAAGCCCGCCAAGAGGGCUCGUGCACCCAUGGAUGACAAGUCUCAUGGCGUGCAGGUUACUUUGAUCGAUCUUGGACUAUCCCGAAUGGACGCUGGAGACGGUUGUGGCGGUGAGAUGAUCCAUUGGACGCCUUUCGAUAAAGAGAUAUUCCAAGGCGAAGGUGACUAUCAAUUCGAUAUAUAUCGAAUGAUGCGGGACCAAAACAAUGGCAAGUGGGAAUCUUUUCAGCCGUUGACGAAUGUCAUGUGGCUUCAUUAUCUAUUGGUCAAGCUUCUUCGCUUCAAGGGAAUCAGACUUCCAGGACGCCGAGGCCAGACAGUCUCUCCUGCAUCAAACGCUCUUACAGAGCAGGAGUAUUAUGAGUGUCUCAUAGAUUUGGAGCAAUGGUUAGGGCAGUGCCUCACUACUGCUGCAGCCAGGGUGAAGCCUGUCAAGGGCCGUAGGAAAACGGUGGUCCUAGACAAAAGCGAGACCAGUUUGAGUCCUAUGUGUGCUGGUGAAGUCGUUGAAUAUGGCAUCAAGAAAGCGUGGAUC